AACAAUAACAACAAGCACACGGGAAAAACUACAGAAGUUUAUCUCCACCGCGCGAAUGCUGAUUUCACUUGUACCAGUGACACCUGCUCAAGGGAUUCCUAAAGCUGUGGUGUCCAUAAAACCUUAUAAACAUGUGUUCACUUGUGAGAAAGUUACUCUCAGAUGUGACGUACAGGGAGGAGGAAGCUCUGAGUGGACUUACAGUUGGGAGAAGAAUAAAGCCGAGCUUUAUACAAGUGGAGAUAGAUUCAGUGCAGACCGCACAAUGCAGGAGGUCAGUAUCAGUUGUGUUAUACAAUCUGACAGUGGUGACUACACCUGCAGAGGACAGAGGAGUGACUCUCGGAGCUCAGAGAUCAGUGAUGCUGUGACACUGACUGUAUCAGAGACACCACAGCCAGUACUGAGUAUAUCUCCACAGAGCUGGAUGACUGAAGGAGACUCAGUGACUCUAAGCUGUGAGGUUACAGACUCCUCUACAGGCUGGAAAUUCAGCUGGUACAGAGAUGUUCCCUACAGAGACAAUGAUGGCCGUAUCAGGUAUAGAGCAGUGCCCCUCUCAGACAGCAGCAGAAAAUCUGGAGGUUUCUACACUCUCAGCCCUGCUGCUCUUAAUCACGCUGGAGUUUAUGUGUGCAGAGGAGAGAGAAAAGAACGAGCCUUUUACACACAUUACAGCAACCUACAGACACUAUGGAUCACUGGUGAAUCUCCUCCAGUCUCUCUGAUCAUCAAUCCCAACAGAACUCAACACUUUACUGAUGACUCUCUCUCACUGAGCUGUGAGGACCAGAGUAAGUCUACUGGAUGGACAGUGAGACUAUACACACAGAAACUUGGGGUGUCAGUUUGUACACAAUUGGGAUCAGUUACAGGAUCUACAUGUAAUAUCAGCUCCCUCUCCACAUCCGACACUGGAGUUUACUGGUGUGAGUCUAAAUCUGGAGAAAACAGUAAUCCUGUCAACAUCACAGUGCAUGGACGAUCACGUCCAUUCCCGGUGCUCAAGCUGAUCUUUAGCAUAGUGACGGCCUCUCCAUAUCUGCUGGUGACCAUCAUUCUGCUGGUCAAAUGUUACAGAGCUCGAGCUCACACUGAAGACAGAAUCGAGAAUGCAGUCAUAGAGGAAUGAGCAACGUUCGUCUAAGUGAAUGCAUUGGUGGAUGCGUUGGUAUUUUCAGUAAGGUUAUGUUGGGAUUUUAAUAUAAUAUUGACUUGUUGUUAUAAUGUCAUGCUGUUAGUAGCCCAGUAUUUUACAGACAGCCUUUUUGUUUUGACUGGAUUCAUUUAGCUAAAGCCUGUAAAUGUUGCUGAUACAAAGUACCGAGUAAUCUAAACAAGUAAAAUAGUCUUAUAAGAAAGAAAAAAAGAAGGAAAAACAAUUUUAGCCACGCUAAUGUUUUUGAUUUAGAUGAUUGAGCUCUGCUUCUGCUGAAAACUUGCAAAAAACCAAAUGUGUCUGCUAGUUUAAAACCAACAUGGUGACCUGGACAGUAAAACCUCAAAAGAUUUCCUGUAACAUUACUGAUAAACAGCAAGCCUUGAGAUGUGUUUUUAUAUUUUCUUUGACUUUAAUUGUAGUUAUGUGAGGAGAUUUGUAGAUGGAACAUUUUAAGAAAACAAAUGCAUCAUUAUCAAUUCACAAUAUUAUGUAACCUGGUUGCAAUGUUGUAUCAUAUGAAGUACAAGUAAUACAAUGAUAACAAUAACUCUGAACAACUACUCUUGUGCAUUAUUAAAUAUCAUACCUUUUGCCAUUUUGUAUUUUUU